AUGGAGCCCGGCGGAGCUGCUGGGGUGCGGGAUGCUGCUGUGAGACCCCAGAGAAGAGCAGCCCCCGCCCCAGGACAAGCGCUCCGGGGCGCCGACACCUCCGAGCCGCUGCUGCUUUUGAAAGCUUCAUCCGUGCCUGCGGCUGCUGCUGCCCGGGACGCUGAGGGGCUGGCCGUGCCUUUCGACGUCUUCCGCUACGGCGUCCUCACCUGCUUCGUGCUGCUGGAGUUCGCCGCCAAGGCAGACGCGCUCUUCGGUGUCCUGGACGGCGGCUCCGGCACUGCCGAUGGGAGGGUCUGCCAGGCUGUGCUGCGGGCGCUGGAGGACGCGCUGGGCGCCGGCCACUUCUCUCUCCCCAGCCGCUACCUGGAGGCGGGCUCCAAGCUGGGGCCGGACGGCCUGGCCCUGGCCAUGGACCGGGCGCUGCAGGAGAGGAAGCUUGGCACCUCCAUGAGCCGGGAGGAGUUCCUGAAGAAAGCCACUGCCUUGUUCGUUGCAAAAGUGAAGCCUGUCGAGUAA